UUUUGGACUCUUAACAGCUUUGUUGGUUUCAAGAACACAGCUCCUUCAGUGCUGUAGGUCUUAAUUAGAAACUAAAUUCAGAUUUACAGUAGACUGAUGCAUUUCAUUGGCACUUUUUAUUCAUAAGUAUGGUCAUUGGAUUCUUGAGUCUAGUUAUUUUAGGCCUUUACCUCAGUUGUAUUAUACAUACUUCGGUACUUUCUCAAAGUAGAUCAAAAAGGUAUAGCCCAUUGUUACAUGAUAAUGUAAACUUUUUAACAGGUAAAAAGUGAUCUUUUGAUGUGAAAGAAUGCAUGAAAACAACACGAAUUUCAGUUUACUGACUUAAUAAAGUGAACAGAUAAACUUUCACCUCAGUUUAAUUCAAUAUAACUAAAUUUAACAACUAUUAUUAUAUCUCAUCUAAUCUAAAAUACCAUCAUUUGUAAAAUGUACUAUUAUUUUGUGUAUCAAGAAAAACACUGUCAAUUAAAUUUGCUUCAGUGUUAGUUGUAAGAUGUAGCUAUAUUUUAGAAAUGUUAAAAACGUGAAGCAGUAAAUGUUGUUGAGGAAAUACUGUAUUUUUCUACUGUAUGCCAGGAGCUAUGAUUUAUGCUGGAAACACAAAGAUGUUGUCACUGAGUUCAUAUUAUAAAAACUUCUUGUUUAUAAAGUACAUAUAUUCAUAUACUGUUGUUAGGUGCCCUUGAGUCCAUUCCUACUCAUAGCAACCCUACAUGCAAAGAUGCCCAGUUCUCGCCAUCCUCACAGUCGCUGUUAUUCUUAAACCCAUUGUUGCAGCUACAGUGCCAAUCCAUCUCAUUGAAGAUCUUCCUCUCUUUCUCUGAUCCUCUACUUUACCAAACAUGAUAUCCUUCUCAGAGACUGGUUCCUCCUGGCAACACCUCCAAAGUACAUGGGGCAAAGUUUUGCCAUCCUUGCUUCUAAGGAGCGUUCUGGGUGUCCUUCUUCCAAGACAGACUUAUUUAUUCUUCUGGCAGUUCAAGGUAUAUUCCCUAUGCUUUGUUAACAUGUAAUUCAUAGGCAUCAGUUCUUCUUCUGUCUUCCUUAUUCACUGUCCAGCUUUCACAUGCAUAUCAGGCAUUUGAAAACACCAUGGCUUGGGUAAGACACACCUUAGUCCUUAAAGUGAAAUCUUUGCUUUUUAACACUUGGAAUAGGUCUUUUGCAGCAGAUUUGCUCAGAGCAAUGCGUCAUUUCAUUUCGUGAAUUCUGCUUCCGUGGGUGUUGAUUGUGGAUUUAAGUAAAAGGAAGUUCUUGACAACUUCAGUCUUUUCUUUGUUUAUCAUGAUGCUGCUUUUUGGUCCAGUAAGUGAGGAUUUUUGUUCUGUGUUGAGGUGUAAUCCAUUCUGAAGGCUGUGGUGUUUGAUCUUCAUCAGUAAGUACUUCAAGUCCUCUUUACUUUCAGCAAGCAAGAUGUGUCAUCUGCAUAUCACAGGCUGUUAGCGAGUCUUCCUCCGAUCCUGAUGCCGCAUUCUUCUUAUAGUCCAGCUUCUUGGAUUAUUUGCUCAGCAUACAGACUGAAUAGGUAUGGUGAAGAGGUACAACCCUGACGCACACCUUUCCUGACUUAAAACCACGCAGUAUCCUCUUGUUUUGUUCUAAAGACUGCCUCUUAGUUUAAGUGCAGGUUCAUCAUGAGCACAAUUAAAUGUUCUGGAAUUCCUAUUCUCCUCAGUGUUAUCUAUAAUUUGUUAUGAUGCACACAGUUGAAGGCCUUUGCAUAGUCAGUAAAACACAGGUAAACAUUUUUCAGCCAUAAUCCCUCUGCUCUCAGACAUAAUCCACCUGAGACAUCAGCAAUGAUAUCCCUCUUUUAGUGCCCUUUUAUAAAUCUGGCUUGAAUUUCUGGGAGUUCCCUGUCAAUGUACUGCUGCAACCGUUUUAGAAUGAUCUUCAGCAAAAUUUUACUUAUCUGUGAUAUUAAUGAUAUUGUUAAAUAAUUUACGCAUUCUGUUGAAUCACCUUUCUUUGGAAUGGGUACAAAUAUGGAUCUCUUCUAGUCGGUUGGCCAGGUAGCUGUCUUCCAAAUUUCUUGGCAUAGAUGAGUGAGCACUUCCAGCACUGUGUCCCUUUGUGGAAGUAUGUCAACCUCCCAACUGGUAUUCCAUCAAUUCCUGAAGUCUUGUUUUUUGCCAGUGCCUUCAGUGCAGCUUGGAACUCUUCCUUCAGUACCAUUGGCUCUGGAUUAUAUGCUACCUCCUGAAAUGGUUAAAUGUCAAUGUAUUUUUGGUAUAGUGACUCUGUGUAUUCCUUCCAUCUUCUUUUGAUGCUUCCUGCAUUGUUUAAUAUUUUCCAUGUAGAACCCUUCAAUAUUGUAACUCGAGGCUUGCAUUUUUUCUUUAGGUCUUUCAGCUUGAGAAAUGCUGAAUGUACUCUUCUGUUUUGGUUUUCUGUCUCCAGGUCUUUAUACAUGUCUUGAUCAUCUAGUGCUAGUAUAACAGAGAUACCACAAGUGGAUGGCUUUAACAAAGAUAAAUUUAUUUUCUUACAGCCUAAUAGGCUAGAUCCAAAUUUAGGGCUUUAGCUCCAGAGGAAGGCUUUCUCUCUGUCGGCUCUGGGGGAAAAUCCUUGUCAUCCAUCUUCACUUGGUCGAGGAGCUUCUCAGGUGCAGGGGCCGUGGGUCCAAAGGAUGCAACUCUGCUCCCAGUGCUUCUUUCUUGGUGGUAUGAGGUCCCCAACUCUCUGCUUGCUUUCCUUUGCUUUUAUCUCUUGAGAGAGAAAAGGCAGUGCAGGCCAUACCCUAGGGAAACUCCCUUCACAUUGGAUCAGGAAUGUGACCUGGUAAGGGUGUUACGAUUCCACCCUAAUCCUCUCUAACAUUAUAUUACAGUCACAAAAUGGAAGAGAACCACAGAAUACUGGGAAUCAUGGCCUGACCAAGUUGAUACACACAUUUUUAGGGGGACAUAAUUCAAUCCGUGAUGAUAUGUUUCAUUAAAAUACUUUGUCUUCUCAAGCCGCUGUUUGAAAUCUUCUGUUGAGCUCUUUUACUUCAUAAUUUCUCCCUUUCAUUUUAGCUACUCUGUGUUCAAGAGCAAGUUUCAAACUCUCUUCUGACAUCCAUUUUCGUGUUUCUUUCCUGUUCUUUUAAUGACCCCUUGCUUUCUUCAUGUAUGAUAUCCUUAAUGUUAUUCCACAACUCUUCUGAUCUUCAAUCAUCAGUAUUCAAUUCAUUCCAUCUAUUCUUGAGAUGGUCUCAAAAUUUAGGUGGGAUAUACUGAAGGUCGUACUUGGCACUCCUGGACUUGUUCUGACUUUCUUCAAAAUUAAUGACCUGGCAGUCUAUGUCUGAAAAAAUUGGCCAGUGAAAACCUUAUGAAUAGCAGUGGAACAUUGUCUGAUACAGUGCUGAAAGAUGAACUCCUCAGGUUGGAAGACACUCAAAAUAAGACUGGUGAAGUGCUGCGUCCUCAAAGUAGAUUCAACCUUAAAAACAUGGGGUCAAGCUUUCGGGGCCUUCAUUGUGCCGAGAUGGCACAACUCAAAAUAUGAAGAAACAGCUGCAAAUAUCCAUUAAUAAUUGGAAUGUGGAAUGUACAAAAUAUGAAUCUAGGAAAAUUGGAAAUCAUCAGAACUGAAAUGGAAUGCAUAUGGAUCGAUAUCCUAGACAUUAGUGAGCUUCAGUGGAUUGGUAUUGGACAUUUUGAAUUGGGCAGUCAUGUGGCCUACUAUGCUAGGAAUGAGAAAUCGAAGAGGAAUGGUGUUGCGUUCAUUGUCAAAAAGAAUGUUUCAAGAUUUAUUCUGAAGGACAGCACUGUCGGUGUUAGGCUAAUAUCCAUACUCUUACAAGAAAGAUCAUUUAAUAUGACUAUUUUUCAAAUUUAUAUACCAACCACUGAGGCCAAAGAACAAGGUAUUAAAGAUUUUGCCAACUUCCUCAGUCUGAAAUUGAUCAAACAUGCAAUCAAGGUGCAUUGAUAAUUACUGACAAUUAGAAUGUAAAACCUGGAAACAAAGAAAAAGGAUUGGUAAAUUGGAAAACAUGGCCUUUGUGAUAGAAAUGAUGCCAGAGAUCGCAUGGCAGAAUUUUGCAAGACCAAUGACUUCUUCAUUGCAAGUACCCUUUUUUUUUUUUUUUUAACAACAUAAGCAGUGACUGUACUUGUGGAUCUCGCCAGAUGGGAUAUACAGGAAUCAAAUCGAUUACGUCUGUGGAAAGAGACAACGGAAAAGCUCAGUAUCAUCAGUCAAAACAAGGCCAGGGGCCGACUAUAGAACAGACCAUUGGUUGCUCAUGUGCAAGUUGACGUUGAAGAAAAUUAAAACAAGUCCAGAAAAGUCAAAGUAUGACCUUGUGUAAAUCCCACCUGAAUAGACACCAUCUCAAGAACUGUAUAUGCACAUAUAAAGAUUAUUGUUCGGUUGUAACAAUUGUGGACCAGACAAAUGUAAAGUUAACCUGCCUGCUUUUUAGUGGAAAUUAUGAAGCCCUUCCAAUAAUUUAUAAAAAUGGAGACAUCGUUCGCUUCCACAGGCUGAAGAUCCAGGUGUAUAAAAAUGAGACUCAGGGUAUCACCAGCUCUGGCUUUGCAUCUUUGACUUUUGAGGGGACUUUGGGAGCUCCUGUCAUACCUCGGACUUCGAGCAAGUACUUUAACUUCACCUCUGAGGACCACAAAAGGGUAGAAGCCUUACGUGUGUGGGCAUCUAAUCACAUCCCAUCUUCUUCGACAUUACUAAAAUUGUGUGAUGUUCAGCCAAUGCAGUAUUUUGACCUGACUUGUCAGCUUUUGGGGAAAGCAGAAGUAGAUGGAACAUCAUUUCUUCUAAAGGUAUGGGAUGGCACCAGGACACCAUUUCCAUCUUGGAGGGUCUUAAUACAGGACCUUGUUCUUGAAGGUGAUUUAAGUUUCAUCCAUCAGCUGCAAAAUCUGGCGAUAGACAUUUUGGUCUAUGACAACCAUGUUCGAGUGGCAAGAUCUCUGAAGAUUGGAUGCUUUCUUAGGAUUUAUAGCCUCCAUACCAAACUUCAGUCAGUGAAUUCCGAGACUCAGUCAACAUUAUUAGCCCUAGAGUUUCAUCUCCAUGGAGGUACCAGUUACGGUCGGGGAAUCAGGGUCUUGCCAGAAAGUAACUCUGAUGUGGAUCAACUGAAAAAGGUUUUAGAAUCUGCAGAUUUGACAGCUAGUCAGCAUUUAGGUGGUGUCUGUUUAUCACAAUGUGAAGACGGCUUUCCAACCAUGUCAAGCUCUGGAUCAGUAUCUCUAUAUGAGGUAGAAAGAUGUCAACAGCUAUCUGCUACAAUACUUACAGAUCACCAGCAUUUGGAGAAAACCCCACUGUGUGCCAUUUUGAAACAGAAAGCCCCUCAACAAUAUCGCAUCAGAGCAAAACUGAGGUCAUAUAAGCCCAGGAGACUCUAUCAGUCAGUUAAACUUUACUGUCCUGAAUGUCAUAUGCUGCAAGAAGUUCCACAUGAUGGCGAUUUGGAUAUAAUUUUGCAAGAGGGUGCAACUAAAACCCCAGAUACCAAACUACAAAAUACAUCAUUGUAUGAUUCCAACAUCUGGACCACUAAAGAUCAAGGAGAACGAAAAGUAGCCAUUCAUUUUGUGAAAAAUAAUGGUAUUCUCCCACUUUCAAAUGAGUGUCUAAUUUUGAUAGAAGGAGGUAUGCUCAGUGAAAUCUGCAAACUCUCAAACAAGUUUCAUAGUGUAAUUCCUGUCAGAUCUGGCAAUGAAGACCUGGAACUCCUCGACCUCUCAGCACCAUUCCUUAUACAAAGGAACGUACACCACUAUGGAUGUAAACAGUGUUCCAGUUUGAAACCAAUACAGAAUCUAAAUUCCCUGGUUGAUAAAACAUCAUGGAUUCCUUCUUCUGUGGCAGAAGUACUGGGUAUUGUCCCCCUCCAAUAUGUGUUUGUUAUGACAUUUACUUUUGAUGAUGGAACAGGAGUUCUGGAAGCUUAUCUUAUGGAUUCUGACAAAUUCUUCCAGAUUCCAGCAUCAGAAAUCCUAAUCAGUGAUGACCUUCAGAAAAGUAUGGAUAUGAUCAUGGAUAUGUUUUGUCCUCCAGGAGCAAAAAUCGAUGCAUAUCCAUGGCUGGAAUGCCUCAUCAAGUCAUAUAAUGUCACCAGUGGAACAGAACAGAAAAUUUGCUAUCAGAUUUUUGACACAAUGGUUGCAGAAGAUCUUAUCUAAUAUUGCCAUCCACUUUAGCAUAUGCAAAAUAUUGUAAUUUUAGAAAAUAUUACUGUUUUCUAUGAGAUUGUUAUAAAACACAUGAGAUUUAGCUCCUUGGUUUAUUUUUGAAAUACAGUCUACAUUUCCAUUUUAACCACUAUGUUAAAUAGGCAUUGUGUGGUUAUCUUAAUGCCUUCCUGUUAAUACGUUAAAAAUGUCCUUCCUGCUCAAAAUAGCCAUCAUGCUCGUUUCCAGGGAUGUAAAUGAAAAAGAGAUGUGAGUGCAUAAGUAUAUAGGAAAACUGUGCGUUCAUUUACUCUUUGCACUCAUUUUGGAAAAGCUAUUUUGUUCGCUAAUAAUCAUUUUUCCAGUUGGGUUUUCUGUCUCUCCGCCACUGAUUCCUCUGCUGUCCCUCAUCCAAUGCUGGCCUUCAUCUCCUGCCUGAAUUUCCGUUUCAGCAGUGUUGGUUGUACCACAGGCAUGGGAUUAGAAAAUGCCCUUAUUUAAAUCUUAGCUUUUACUAAGUGAAAGGUAAAUAGCCAUUAGUAGUGGGUUUGUUUUCCUUUGCUUUUGUACAGAGAGGUCUGUUUAAACAAGUACUGCUUGUAAACAGGUACUGCUUAUAGAAGUGUUUCUUUGAAUGAGCUACAGUGAACUUAAAUGAGUGAUUUAAGUGGAAGUGGCAGAAUUGUUUGUUCGGGUGUGCUGGUAUUGACCAUUUUAGGGUAAUUAUGUGCUCUGGUGGCUUGUUUCUCUCCGUGCUGUUAGAACUUGGUCCAUUCCACCUCAGUCUCAUAAAAUGGUCAGAUUUAGCAUGUUAGUUACUUAAAUCAUGUUAACCCUUUUUUCUGUUUGUUUUUUAUAUAAAAUACCUAUAUCACAGGCUAAACAUCAAAUGAGCUCUUAAUAUAAUAAUCUGCUUUUUAUUGGACUUUUUUUUAGUGUUUUUCAAAUUUAAAAUCAUGACUAUUCAGUUUUAUACAAACAUUUCUGUAUAUUUGUGUAUAUAUUUGUAUUUGCUAUUUGCUAAAGACUGAAAUGCAAAUCUGCCUAGUUCAGUAUUAGUAAAGAAUAAAUAAAUGCACUCGUUUCAGCUGUUCCAUUGAUUUGUCCCAGGUUGAUCUGAGGCACGAUGUGAGGCAAGGAAUCAUAGUGGGUAUGUCUGUAUAGCAGAUAUUUCUGGUUGUCCAUAUACCAGGCACUGUGCUAAGGACUUCACAAGUAUUUGACCUUGCAGCAACCUGUUUUCCUGAUAAGAAAAUUGAGGCUUGCUUAGUAAGCUAGCUUGACUGAGUUAAGUGCUAGAGUCAGUACUUGACAUCAGAUAUAUUCCUGUUCAGAGCCUGCACUAUUAACCACUUUGGGAUUCUGGAGGAAAAGCUAUCAUGGGGGUGGCUGCAAACGAGUCCUGCCUUGAAUAGUUGAAGUAAUAGUGGAAACAGAUGAUACAGGAGGCAAUGGUAUGUUUUCCUACAUUAUCAGAAGGCUGUUAACACUCUGUCAAAGGGGUUAAGUAUCUGAUUUCCUCUCUCAUGAUAACCCUAAGUUCUGUUUCCUGGGUGCCUGAGCACAUCUCUAACUGUCCAGCUCCCAUCACCCCAUCAUCAUCAUCACACCUAACUGCCCACCUCCUGUCAUGGCUGAGCUGUAUCAGUGUGUCUGAGACAGUGAGGGGGACUGAGGCUGCUAUUUUGGGGAUGUAAACUCUUGGUUCAAAACUCUUUUCAGGGAAAAAUUGUAAAAACCCUUCAGCUGAACAGAUGAGUUUCAGUAUCGAUGACACGCUAGGGAUACAGAGGUGAGGUAGAAGCUUUCUCUGCCUUCGGGAAAUACUCGGUCUAGAAGAGUAAGAGUCCAAGUGUGCACCAGGUUCUCGUUGUGAACCUGAGACAACUCCAAACUUACGAAGGAAAACUCUUCCUAUAAGUGUUCAUGAAGAUGAGUCAUUUCUCUUUUUCUUUUCAAGUAAACCCUCACCUUGUCAUCAUUUGUUUUGUUUUGGUUUCUCCUCCCCCCACCCCCUGCUCCACU